UUCGCAGCGGAGAUCGAACAGAAGCAGAAAUCCCCAACCCAAUCGGAGGAGGAAGAGAAGGGCGGCGGCGGCGAGCGGAGAUGGUGAGGAAGGCGAAGGUCGAGUUCGACGAGAGCCCGCCGGAUGACUUCGACCCGAAGAACCCGUACGGGGACCCGGUGGCGAUGCUGGAGUACAGGGAGCACCUGGUGAGGGAGAAGUGGAUCCAGAUCGAGACCGCCAAGAUCAUCCGCGACCGCCUCCGCUGGUGCUACCGCAUCGAGGGCGUCAACCACCACCAGAAGUGCCGCCACCUCGUCGACCAGUACCUCGAGGCCACCCGCGGCGUCGGAUGGGGCAAGGACGCCCGCCCGCCGGAGCUGCACGAUCCCAAGAAGGUGGUUGAGGCCGACGAGUAGCUUUGCUGCUGCUGCUGUUCCUGGGCUGGAGAGGUUAUCUUUCUAUUGGAUUUGAAAGGAGUAAAAAUGAACUGCUGCAGUCCUUAUUUUGACCUCUCUAGUUGCUCAUGGAUUUACAAUAAAUGAUGAUGUCGAAGUAACAUUGUUGUGUGUUGCCUGUAUUUUUCCCUGCCCGUUCUAUAAGAGCCGAGCAAAUACAUGCUUGAAUUUAUCUGCCUUGUUCUUGUACUCAACGAUAUGAAUGAUAUUUAGUUUUCAUUUACCCUGCGCCAUA